GCUAAUAAACCAGUUGAUUCAUGUCAGGUGCGUGGUCAGAAACAAGGAGACGUUGUCACACAGAUUUCAGAUGUGUGAAUUCGUACAUGAAUGAUCCAACAUACUGGAACGACUACCGAAGACAAUGCGGAUAUCUAAGAGAUUCCUUUUUCUUUCAACUAUCAUAUUUGCCUCAGUGUUUCUAAUUUCAUGGGUGAGUCGAAGCAAAGUGGUGAACUACAGAGACAACAGGGACACAAAGACACGAAACAUGAAAAGACCAAAUGCUUGGGUAGGCUUACCUAAGUCCCUAAGUUUUAUAUUUGAAAUAAGGUAUGCAGUUGUACGACCGAGAAAUUAUAGCCAGACGACUGGGAAGAGAUUUGUGUAUCUCAUUGAAAGCCCUUCAAAGGGGGACAUCAAAGGAUUACAAGAAACAAACGAACGUGACGUCAUUUGGCUGACAUUUGCAGACAGGUCAGGUGAUAUUUACGCCCCAGACACCUCCGCUGCUUCUGGAAGAAAUGUGCUUCUGCAGCACGCGGUGAACUUAGCGUCCCAAAUGAAAGACGGCGGUUAUCUUUAUUAUAUAUUCAUGGACGACGACCUGGAGCUUUCAGUUAAGUCGGAUGGACAGGUCAAUUGGAAACCUUGGCCCAAGAUGCCCUCGGACCCUUUUCAGCUGUUCGAGGAGUUUCUUAUGUAUUACCAACCUGCUGUGGGGCACGUACGUUACCAAGAUAUGAGUAGACAGUUUGUCAAUACAAAAGAGCCCGUGAACUUGAACUGGGAUUUUGAUGAGUGUUUGAAUGCUUUCCACAAGGAUACACUGUCAUUUCUGGUACCUUACGAUUUGCAACUAGACUGUGAAUCGUGGUUUAAUGGCGCCUGGAUGACUCGUCAGCUGAUUUCGAUGCUGUAUCAUAGGUAUCGCAUUCAGUGCAAUUCGUUGCAUGUUGCUAAUAGUAUUUCAAAUAGAAUCAUCUCAAAGGACAGGUACAAGCAAAAUUUUGAUUACGAAAUGCCGCGAGACUACAUCUCGUCUGCUUUGCUGAAGAAAACAAAAACUAAUCCUCCCAAAGUCAACCCAUUAAUUGAAGCUGUAUUAAAAGGAACGUCUUCGCGCCAAAGUCCAGGUACUCUACAGCCAGGUCCUUACAUAAAGAUUCCAGGGAAGCCAAAACUGAAAGGCAACCAAUCGUAUCUUGUGACACCGGAUUUCAUCCUUCAACACUGGGACCAUACCCAUCCCAUGAUUAGGAAGAAAUUAGCUUGGCUGCGAAAACCAGAGAUACAGAAAAUCCUUGGACUAGAUAACCGUCUCCAGCAGCCAUUUACACCCGAUACUUUGUACUGCUCAGGACCGAAUAACUUUUCACUAUUAAUUGGACAAUGAAAUCAAAAGGCCUUACACAAGCUUUCCAUGCAACUUAUUUUCAAACGUUUAUCUGCGUUAGAGUCGAUCAUUUGAAUAAAUGUCUUUUUGUCAUAAAAUUAUGAUUAACUAUGUUCUAACGUCUUGCGCUACAGAGACAAUGCUAUACUGGUAUUACAUGAUUAUUUCUUGUUGACAAAGAGUAUUUUGUAGAACAUUAUUCAAACAUUAAUCGCACGUGCUGUAUCGGAUUCACGUGUUUACGUACAUGUGUAAGGGGUGUACAGGUUGAGUUAAGAAUAUGAAAAAAAAAUCACCAAAUCACCUCCUAUGUAAGGGACAUAUGAAAUGAUUCCCUACGCUUCUUUUAAGUUAGUAAGUUUAUUAUUGAAGGUUGCAAUGGGCUCGAAAUAGGAUCCUUUGUUCUCCACUUACUUAGCGCAAAAUACAAUGCAGAUACUAACGGUUCUCGUACGUACUGUCGAUAAAAAGUACACAUUAAGGCCGGUAAUUUGAUCUGUUCUUUUGUUAGAGUUAUUGUUCAGCUCAUUCUUAUUUAAGGAAGAAGUCAGAGAUGAGCAAUAGUAAAGUGAGGUUAAAUUUCGACUGCAAAGUUGCUUAA